CACAACCUGGCGGAAAGGAAAGUGCAUAACAUAAAUACUGAGGAGAUGAUAACAAACAGGUGAGUGGUAAAUAAUACAUCACAUGUGUGAAACAUAAAAUAAUUGACAAAAUGUAAAUAAAACCCUUUGGCUGCUGGAGUUGUCACAGUGAGUAAACCAUAAAAUAUUUGCCAACUGUUUURCUCUGGAUGCUGGAGCCACGAGUGUCUGUUAAAUUAUGUGUUUUUUUUCUGGGUUUCUAUCUUUUCACUUUUCUUUUUUCUUUUCCUCAGAUGCUCAAACUGACUGGGAUGCUGACUUUGUUUAUGAUUAUCAUACGCUGCGUGUUGGAGGUCUGACCUUUGCUGGAGUUGUUGUGUUCCUGUCUUUUGCUCUGCUGCUUGGCAACAGGAUCAGAAACUGUGGCAAAGCAAAGGCAAGACGUGUUCCAGAGGAAGAUGCGUGAAUGAAGGAAGCCCAACAAUCUGUUAUGUGUGUAAAAUUAUUAAAUUUUGUAUAAAUAAAUAUGUAACUACAACAGUU